CACAUCUCUCUCCAAGAAGAUGUAAGGGAGCAGCCAGCCUUCUUUUACUUUUCCUCGCCCCCCAUUCCCUCUCUUCCAGCGACUCGGCCAGCAAACAUGCAGAAGGGAAUUCGCCUCAAUGACGGCCAUGUCACCUACCUGGGUCUCCUGGCGAAAAAGGAUGGCACGAGGCGAGGCUGCUUGAGCAAAAAGAGCUCGGACAACACAAAAUGGCACACCAAGUGGUUCGCCCUGCUGCAGAACAUGCUCUUCUACUUUGAGAGCGAGUCGAGCUCUCGGCCCUCGGGGCUCUACCUGUUGGAGGGCUGCGUGUGUGACAGGUCGCCGUCGCCCAAACCGUCGCUCUCCGCCAAGGAGUGCUUGGAGAAGCAGUACUAUUUCACAAUCAGCUUCAAUCAUGAGAACCAGAAAGCUCUGGAGCUCCGCACUGAAGAUGUGAAGGACUGCGACGAAUGGGUGGCAGCGAUAACACACGCCAGCUACAGAAACCUGGCCACGGAGCAUGAGACUCUCAUGCAGAAGUAUCUCCAUCUACUCCAAAUCGUGGAGACCGAGAAAACAGUUGCUAAGCAACUUCGACAACAGAUAGAGGAUGGGGAGAUCGAGAUUGAGCGCUUAAAAUCUGAGAUUGCUGGGCUGCUCAAAGACAAUGAGAAGAUCCAGACCAACCCCACUGCUGCCCCCAGCGAGGAUGACUCAGAAAUCAAGAAAAUCAAGAAAGUGCAGAGCUUCUUGCGAGGUUGGAUGUGCCGGCGAAAGUGGAAGACCAUCAUCCAGGACUACAUACGCUCACCGCAUGCUGAGAGCAUGAGGAAGAGGAACCAGGUGGUCUUCAGCAUGCUGGAGGCCGAGGCUGAGUAUGUCCAGCAGCUCCACAUCCUAGUCAACAACUUCCUCCGGCCACUUCGCAUGGCUGCCAGUUCUAAGAAGCCCCCCAUUACCCACGAUGACGUCAGCAGCAUAUUCCUCAACAGUGAAACCAUCAUGUUUUUACACCAGAUAUUCUACCAAGGCUUGAAAGCACGGAUAGCGAGCUGGCCAACAUUAGUCUUGGCUGACCUCUUUGACAUUCUGCUGCCCAUGCUGAACAUCUAUCAGGAGUUUGUUCGCAAUCACCAGUACAGCCUGCAGAUCCUGGCGCACUGCAAGCAGAACCGAGACUUCGACAAGCUGCUCAAGCAGUAUGAGGCCAAGCCCGACUGUGAGGAGCGCACCCUUGAGACCUUCCUUACUUAUCCGAUGUUCCAGAUCCCACGUUACAUUUUAACUCUCCAUGAGCUGCUGGCGCACACACCUCACGAGCAUGUGGAGAGGAACAGCCUGGAAUACGCCAAAUCCAAGUUAGAAGAGCUCUCCAGAAUCAUGCACGAUGAGGUGAGCGAGACCGAGAACAUCAGGAAGAACCUGGCCAUCGAGCGCAUGAUCGUAGAGGGCUGUGAGAUUCUCCUGGACACCAGCCAGACUUUUGUCAGACAAGGAUCCCUCAUCCAGGUGCCCAUGAGUGAGAAAGGGAAGAUCACCCGUGGCCGCCUGGGCUCCUUAUCUCUGAAGAAGGAGGGAGAAAGACAGUGUUUCCUUUUCUCCAAGCACUUGAUCAUCUGCACCAGAGGCUCUGGGGGGAAGCUGCACCUAACCAAGAACGGAGUGGUGUCGCUUAUCGACUGCACACUGAUCGAGGACCCGGAGAGCACGGAUGAUGAGUCAAAGACAGACAAGAGCGGCCAGGACAUGGAGCACCUGGAUUUUAAGAUAGUGGUAGAGCCCAAAGACAGCCAGUCCUUCACCGUCAUCCUAGUGGCCUCCUCACGCCAAGAGAAGUCAGCCUGGACCAGUGACAUCAGCCAGUGCAUAGACAACAUUCGCUGCAAUGGGCUGAUGAUGAAUGCCUUUGAGGAGAACUCAAAAGUCACUGUACCACAGAUGAUCAAGUCUGAUGCCAGCCUCUACUGCGAUGACGUGGACAUCCGAUUCAGUAAGAUGAUGAACUCGUGCAAGGUGCUGCAGAUCCGUUAUGCCAGUGUGGAGCGGCUGCUGGAGCGGCUGACUGACCUGCGCUUUCUCUCCAUUGAUUUCCUCAACACGUUCCUGCACUCCUACCGAGUCUUCACCACCGCUGACGUUGUACUCGACAAGCUCAUUGCUAUUUACAAGAGGCCCAUCAGUGCCAUCCCAGCCCGUUCUCUGGAGUUGUUCUUUGCCAGUAGUCAGAACAAUAAGCUAUUGUACGGAGAGCCACCUAAGUCUCCUCGUGCGAGCCGUAAGUUUUCAUCUCCUCCUCCACUGGCCAUCGCUAAGACAUCUUCGCCCAACCGCCGCCGCAAACUCUCCCUCAACAUCCCCAUCAUAACGGGCGGCAAAGCGCUGGACCUGGCCGCCCUCAGCUGCUCCUCCAACGGCUAUGCAAGCAUGUACUCUGCCAUGUCCCCUUUCAGUAAGACCACGCUGGACAUCAACAAGCUCUAUGUGUCCAGCCCCAUCGCCAGCAAAAUCCCUGACGAGGGAGAGAGCAAAUCCGACCGGGCUGAGGAGUCCACACUGGCCAAACAGGAUAUUUCGGUGAGAGAGGAGAGUGACAGUGAACAGGUCCAGAGCGACGACGCAGAGGCUGAGGCUUCGCCCACUAAAUCGCCCACCACCCCGAAAAACGUCAAGUGCAAAAACUCCUCAGAGUUCUCUCUGUUCUCCUACAAUAACGGCAUGGUGAUGUCAUCCUGCCGAGAACUUGACAACAAUCGCAGCGCACUCUCGGCAGCCUCUGCCUUCGCUAUCGCCACAGCCGGCGCCAACGAGGGGACACCAACCAAGGAGAAGUACCGCCGCAUGUCUCUGGCCAGCACAGGGUUUCCCACAGACCAGAGGAACGGAGAUAAGGAGUUUGUGAUUCGCCGGGCAGCGACUAACCGAGUUCUUAAUGUGCUGAGACACUGGGUGUCCAAGCACUCGCAGGACUUUGAGACCAAUAUGGAGCUAAAAAUGAAGGUGAUCAGUUUCUUGGAGGAAGUUAUGCAUGAUCCCGAGCUGCUGACCCAGGAAAGAAAAGCAGCGGCCAACAUCAUAAGGACACUCACUCAGGAGGACCCUGGUGACAAUCAGAUCACUCUGGAGGAGGUGCUGCAGAUGGCUGAGGGUGGAAAAGCAGAGCCCUUUGAGAAUCACUCAGCUCUGGAGAUUGCAGAGCAGCUCACCCUCCUGGACCACCUGGUAUUCAAAGUCAUCCCAUAUGAGGAAUUCUUUGGCCAAGGCUGGAUGAAGAAUGACAAAAAUGAAAAGACACCUUACAUCAUGAAAACAACAAAGCAUUUCAAUGACAUAAGCAACUUGAUUGCAUCAGAGAUCCUGCGCUGCGACGAUGUGAACACGCGGGUGGCGGUGAUGGAGAAGUGGGUGGCAGUUGCUGAUAUCUGCCGCUGUCUCCAUAACUACAACGCUGUACUGGAGAUCACCUCCUCCCUCAACCGCAGCGCCAUCUUCCGCCUCAAGAAGACCUGGCUCAAAGUCUCCAAACAGACCAAAACCGUCAUUGACAAGCUUCAGAAGCUGGUCUCAUCUGAGGGAAGAUUCAAGAACCUACGAGAAGCUUUGAAAAAUUGUGACCCUCCCUGCGUGCCGUACUUGGGGAUGUACCUCACAGACCUGGCGUUCAUUGAGGAGGGGACACCAAACUACACAGAGGACAACCUUGUUAACUUCUCUAAGAUGAGAAUGAUCUCCCACAUCAUCAGAGAAAUUAGGCAGUUUCAGCAAACAGCGUACAAGAUUGAUCAUCAGCCAAAGGCAGCCCAGUAUUUGCUGGACAGUAGCAAUGUAUUGGAUGAAGAAAGCAUGUAUGAGGCCUCACUCAGAAUUGAGCCUAAAGUGCCCAACUGAGAAGAAGGCUUUUUCUUUAAGGUCUACACAAUGUACAGCCUUUCUAUCAUGUAUUCAUACACAGUACCAUGUCUUAGGUUAUGUACUACAUAAUAUUACUUCUGUAUCUGAAACUUUGUUUUUAGUCGUUAACAAAGCACCUAAACAUUUCCAAAAUUAACAGAGGAGUUGAAAAUAUA